UGCGCCAGUCAGGCACCUGGAUGCGUGAGACCCAGCAGUCACGAAGCAUAUAGCGCGGGAUAAAACGAAAGCUUAUGAAUAAUUGGACAUCCUUCCUUUCUUUCUGUCCAAGGAGAUAAAGCAGAUGCUUCAUGCGGAAUGGAAGGAGAUUUUGUUUCACCAAAGACGCAAUGAGAGGGUCUAGGUUCAGAGAUCAUUGAACAUUUGGUUGAUACGCUUAUCAGCAGAAUAUACGAGUUUUUUGCUCUUUGAAGGAAAAUACUGUAGUUAAUUUUUUUCUGAAGUGCUGUAUUGUACCGAAGUUGACAUGGCUCUUCUAGUCCACCUAAAGACGAUCCGGGACCUUCGUGGAAAGGGGGACAGAAUCGCCAAAGUCACAUUUCGAGGUCUGUCGCUCUACACGCAUGUGCAGGAAAACUGUGAGGAUGAGGCCAGAUUUGAUGAGACGUUCCGAUGGCCGAUUGCCAGUAGAGUGGAUCAAAAUGAGAUGCUGGAAGUUCAAGUGUUCAACUACAGCAAAGUCUUCACCAACAGAGUCAUUGGAACCUUCAAGAUGGUUCUACAGAAGGUGGCGGAGGAGGGCCAGCUAGAGGUGACAGACACACUCAUCGACGACAACAACACCGCCAUCAGGACCACUAUUACCAUACACAUCAAGUACACGACCAUGGAUGGGACUGUGGGGGUUUGGAGUGACGGAGAAUUCCUGGACAUUCCUGGUGACCCGGAGGGAACGUUCCAGUUUGAGACGGACAGUCUGCUCUCCGGACACAGCCAGGGGUCAGGAGUGUCACCGGGGCGAUCCAUCCAUGGAAUUCCCACUUUUAGGAAAGCGGGGAAGGGGGUAUUCUCAGCCAUGAAGCUCGGCAAGACCAAGAGCUCCAAGGAUGACCACAAGAAAGAUGAGCCAGCCAUCCUGGACAUGGAGGAUCUGAACAGGAAGGCCAUGCGUCUGGGAGGGGUGGGGGGUCUGGACCCAGACUGCAUCUCCCUGGCCUCCGUCACUGCUGUCACCACUAAUGUCUCCAACAAGAGAUCAAAGCCUGAUAUCAAGAUGGAGCCUAGUUCUGGGAGGCCUGUGGAUUACCAGAUUAGCAUCACAGUCGUUGAGGCCAGGCAGCUGGUUGGCCUUAACAUGGACCCUGUGGUCUGUGUGGAGAUUGGGGACGACAAGAAGUACACCUCCAUGAAGGAAUCCACUAACUGCCCCUACUACAAUGAGUAUUUUGUCUUUGACUUCCACGUCCCACCAGAUGUCAUGUUUGACAAGAUCCUGAAGCUCUCAGUGAUCCACUCUAAGAACCUGCUGCGGAGUGGCACCUUAGUUGGCACUUUCAAGCUGGAUGUUGGCACAGUCUACUCCCAACCUGAGCACCAAUUCUACCACAAGUGGGCCACACUGUCUGACCCUGAUGACAUCACGGCCGGCUGCAAAGGUUACAUCAAGUGUGACAUCGCCGUGGUGGGGAAGGGGGACAACAUCAAGACUCCACACAAGGCCAACGAGACGGAUGAAGACGACAUAGAAGGGAACCUCCUUCUUCCGGAGGGUGUUCCCUUGGAGAGGCAGUGGGCACGAUUCUACGUGAAGAUCUAUCGAGCUGAGGGCCUUCCCAAGAUGAACACCAGCAUCAUGGCCAAUGUUAAGAAGGCCUUCAUAGGGGAGAACAGAGACCUGGUGGACCCCUACGUACAAGUGCUCUUCGCCGGACAGAGAGGGAAGACGUCGGUCCAGAAGAGUAGUUAUGAGCCGAUUUGGAAUGAGCAGGUGGUCUUCACUGAGAUGUUUCCUCCGCUCUGCAAACGCAUGAAGGUCCAGAUAAGAGACUCCGACAAAGUCAAUGACGUCGCCAUAGGAACACACUUCAUUGACCUGCGAAAGAUCGCCAAUGAUGGUGACAAAGGGUUCCUGCCCACCAUGGGUCCAGCCUGGGUCAACAUGUAUGGCUCCACCCGCCAGUAUACUCUGAUGGAUGAGCACCAGGACUUGAAUGAGGGGCUGGGGGAAGGCGUGUCCUUCAGGGCCCGCAUCCUCAUCUCCGUUGCCGUGGAGAUCCUGGACACCACCUCCACGGAGAUUGUAAGCUCCACCGAGGUGCAGGUGGAGCCUGUCUCUAACAUCUCAGAGAGUGUUACAGGGAAAAUAGAGGAAUUCUUCCUGUUUGGUUCCUUCCUGGAGGCCACCAUGAUCGACAGGAAGAUCGGCGAUAAGCCAAUCAGCUUCGAGGUCACAAUAGGCAACUACGGUAACCAGAUAGAUGGAGUGAGCAAGCCCUCGGCAGCUAAGAAGAAGAAGAAAGAGGGAGGAGGAGGAGGAGGAGAGAGUGAUGAGGAGUCAGAGCUGAUCCAGCAGAACUCCAGUGAGGACGAGGCAGAUGAUGAUGGGGACCUGGUAUCUGUGUCCUCCUCCCCACCCAUGAAACCUGUCAUCACAGACAGGAACUACUUCCACCUGCCCUACUUUGAGAAGAAGCCGUGUAUUUACAUCAAGAGCUGGUGGCAGGACCAAAGGAGAAGACUUUACAACUCCAACAUCAUGGACAAGAUCGCUGACAAACUGGAGGAGGGUCUGAAUGACGUGCAGGAGAUCAUUAAGACAGAGACAGCCUAUCCAGAGCGCAGACUCAGAGGGGUUCUGGAGGAACUCAGCACUGGCUGCAAUCGUUUCGUCACUUUGGCCAACAAGGACCAGAACCAGGCAGGCAGAACCAAACUGGACAAAGAGAGACUCAAGUCCUGCAUGAGAGAGAUGGAGAGCAUGGGCCAGCAGGCCAAGCUGAUUCGCUCCCAGGUGAAGAGGAACACAGUGAGAGACAAACUGAAAAUGGUUCAGAACUUCCUGCACAGGCUACGUUUCCUUGCCGACGAGCCCCAGCACAGUAUCCCAGACGUGUUCGUAUGGAUGAUGAGUAACAACAAGCGUAUCGCCUACGCCCGCAUCCCCUCCAAAGACAUCCUCUACUCCAUCGUAGACGAGGAGACAGGCAAGGACUGUGGCAAGGUCAAAGCUGUCUUCCUCAGGCUGCCUGGUAAGAAGGGGUUUGGUCCAGCGGGGUGGACAGUGCAGGCUAAGAUGGAGAUGUACCUGUGGCUGGGCCUGAACAAACAAAGGAAGGACUUCCUGUCUGGCCUGCCCAACGGCUUUGAAGAGAACAAGGCUCCCAGGACAGGCUCUUGUCUGCAGUCUUUGCCCCCUAUCAGCCUGGUUUAUAACAUGAAGCAGGUGUUCCAGCUGAGGGCUCACAUGUACCAGGCCAGGAGUCUAUUUGCUGCAGACAGCAGUGGCCUGUCAGACCCCUUCGCCAGGGUCUUCUUCUCCACACACAGCCAGGUCACUGAGGUCCUGAGUGAGACUCUGUGCCCUACGUGGGAUCAGCUGCUGGUGUUUGAUGAUGUUGAGCUGUUCGGGGAGGCCGGCGAGCUACGAGACGACCCACCUAUCAUUGUGGUAGAGGUCUACGACCAGGACACUGUGGGCAAGGCAGAGUUCAUUGGUCGGACAUUCGCUAAGCCCAUCACUAAGAUGUGUGACGAGCACUACGGCCCCCCAAGGUUCCCCCCUCAGCUAGAGUACUACCAGAUCUACCGUGGUAACUCUACCGCUGGUGACCUACUGGCUGCCUUCGAGCUGCUACAGAUUCCCUAUGACGAUGAGGAGAUCAGGAGGGCUCUGAUUGCUGUCCAUGACUUUGCAGUUCCUCAGAUUAAGAUUGGGCAAGGGGGGAGGGUGGAGCUUCCUGCCAUCAAUGGUCCGACAGACUCAGACCGUGGACCCAUCCUCCCUGUGCCAAUGGGCAUCAGACCUGUCCUAAGCCGUUAUCGCAUAGAGGUUCUGUUCUGGGGCCUGCGGGACCUGAAGAGGGUGAAUUUGGCACAGGUGGACAGACCCAGGGUGGACAUAGAGUGUGCAGGGAGAGGAGUCCAGUCUGCACCUAUCGUGAACUUCAAAAAGAACCCCAACUUCAGCACACUGGUCAAGUGGUUCGAGGUGGACCUGCCAGAGAACGAGCUGCUCCACCCUCCUCUUAACAUCCGGGUUGUGGACUGCAGGGCGUUUGGCCGAUACACCCUGGUGGGUUCCCACGCCGUCACCAGCCUACGAAGCUUCAUCUACAGCCCCCCAGACAAGACGCAAAACAACUGGGCCAGCACAGCUAGACUGAUGAAUGGCUACAUGGUCCUGACCAACGGGGGGUCCCAAUCUCGCCCCUCCUCCCCUUACUCCCGCACCCUGCCCCGCACCCUCUCUCACCCCACAGGUGAUGUCAUAGUCAACAUGGAUGCCAACCCCUCAGUCAGGAAAAUGGACACGGUGGUCAAGUUAGAUGCUUCGUCUGAUGCAGUUAUUAAAGUUGAUGUGAAUGAGGAGGCGAAAGAAGAGAAGAAAAAGAAAAAGAAGAAAAAGAAGGGAGAGGUGGAGGAGGAUGAUGAGACCGACGAGAGAAUGCUGGACUGGUGGUCCAAAUAUUUUGCUUCUAUAGAGACACUGAUGGAGAUCCUCAGGGCCCAGGAGGCAGCUCUAGCUGAGGCCGAGGAGAGGGAGGAGCAGGAGAUAGCAGCAGAGGGAGCAGAUAUCAAACCUGAUGACCUCCCUGUAAAAGGCUCCAAGGGGAAGGAGAAGAGCCGAGACAAGAGCAGGAACAAGGACAAGAAGAAGAGUCACCAUGCAGGAGAGGGGACAGAGAAACGCCCCAGCAAACCCAAAGUGAACGAGCUGCUGGUGUACAACAAGGAGUUGGAGGCAGAGUAUGAUAACUUUGAGGACUGGCUCCAUACCUUCAACCUGUACAGAGGGAAGGCAGGGGAUGACGAUGAAGCAGCCCUGGAUGACGACAGGAUCGUGGGCAGAUUCAAGGGCUCCAUGUGCAUGUACAAGCUGCCUCUGUCUGAGGAGUUCACCCGGGAGGCGGGCUUCGACCCUAACAUGGGCAUGUUCCAGAGCAUUCCACACAAUGACCCAAUCAAUGUGCUGGUGCGGGUCUUCGUAGUCAGGGCCACAGACCUCCAUCCUGCUGAUGUCAAUGGGAAAGCGGACCCCUACGUCGUCAUCAAACUGGGCAAGUCAGAGCUGAAGGAUAAAGAGAACUAUAUCUCCAAACAGCUCAACCCUGUCUUUGGCAAGGCAUUUGACAUGGAGGCUACGUUCCCCAUGGAGUCCAUGUUGACUGUGUCAGUGUACGACUGGGAUCUGGUGGGCACUGAUGACCUCAUCGGUGAGACCAAGAUCGACCUGGAGAACCGCUACUACAGCAAACACAGAGCUACCUGUGGCAUCGCUAACAACUACUCUGUGCAUGGUUACAACAUGUGGCGUGACCCAAUGAAGCCAAGCCAGAUCCUGGCCAAGCUCUGUAAGGAGGGCAAGCUGGACGGACCCCACUAUGGCCCUGGGGGAAGGGUCAAGGUCGCCAACCGUAUCUUCAUGGGUGCAACAGAGAUCGAGGAUGAGACUGGUCUAAAGAAGCAGACAGAUGAGCACCUGGCCCUGACGGUGCUGAAGCACUGGGAGGAGAUCCCUAGGGUGGGCUGUAAACUCAUCCCAGAACACGUCGAGACAAGACCCCUGCUCCAUCCUGAGAAACCUGGCAUCGAACAGGGGCGGAUUGAGAUGUGGGUAGACAUGUUCCCCAUGGACAUGCCAGCACCUGGACCCGCCAUCGACAUAUCACCACGGAAACCAAAGAACUUUGAGCUGCGUGUUAUUAUUUGGAACACUGAUGACGUAGUUCUAGAGGACGAUGCUUUCAUGACAGGAGAGAAGAUGUCUGACAUCUAUGUCAAGGGGUGGCUGAAAGGGCAGCAGGAGGACAAACAGGACACAGACGUCCACUACCACUCUCUGACAGGCGAGGGGAAUUUCAACUGGCGCUUCGUGUUCCCCUUUGACUACCUGAUAGCCGAGGAGAAGAUUGUCAUCUCUAAGAAGGAGUCCAUGUUCUCCUGGGAUGAGACAGAGUACAAGAUCCCUGCACGCCUCACUCUGCAGGUCUGGGACGCUGACCACUUCUCCGCUGAUGACUUCCUAGGUGCGAUAGAGCUGGACCUGAACAGGUUUCCCCGUGGGGCGAAGACAGCCAAGCAGUGUUCCAUAGGCAUGGUCCAGAAUGAGGCUGAGCUGACCUGCAUUUCCAUCUUCAAACAGAAGAGAGUCAAGGGCUGGUGGCCAUUCGUGGCCCGCGACGAAAACGAUGAGAUGGAACUCACGGGUAAAGUGGAGGCGGAGCUUCAUCUGAUGUCGGCAGAGGAAGCGGAGAAAAGUCCUGUUGGUCUGGGACGCAAUGAGCCUGACCCUCUGGAGAAACCAAAUCGUCCCAAUACCAGUCUGUCGUGGUUGCUGAGCCCAAUGCAUGUGGUGUGUAUCCUGGCCUGGAGGCAGUACAAGCUGCACUGUGUUCUACUGCUGGGGGCUGUCCUGGGACUACUGUUCCUGGGCCUGCUCUUCUUCUCAAUGCCCUCUGCCCUCAGCAACAAGAUCUUCAACAUCGCUGGCUGAACACACUUAUCAACCACACACAUGCAAACUUUCUCUCUCUCAAUGUGCCUGAUCCCUGAGUGUAUUUGCACUAUCUUAUGCAUUCUUGGUAUUUGAAAGGCUCUUUGUACACGCUCUAAUGCAUUGCACUAUUACCACAUUUUG